UGCAAAUACCUACACUACUUGUACAUAAGGACUUAUCUCCUGAAACAGGGGGAAUCUUGUUUAUUCUGCAUUUCUUGUCUGUAUUCCCUUAAUCGCAUAGAACGAACAGUACAUAUACAUACAUGCUAAAGCAGUUCAUCGCAAGUAAAUGGUGCAUACAAUUUAUCAUCCAAUUCAGUUAUUUUUUUGUCAGUUGAAGCCAGUCCCAGAAUGCCAAUGCAGAUAUACUAAACGGUUUAUAUAGAUUUGAGUCAAAACAACCGCGCUUAGUUUCCACCAUCAACACUGCAAUGACACACUGGUUGUGCAAAGUUUAUCGUUUAAACGUUUAAACAAAUACACAAUUUGGUCAAGGGAGUGAUAUUAUUAGAUUAAGUCAUGCGCUGCGUUUAUUUGGCAAUUAUAAUACAGUGCCGUUUAAAGGAAAGUCAGAAUUAUUUAUUAUUUGAAGGACGAGGUACUGAGAAGAAUAUUUCUAUUUUUAUAAACAGUUUCUAUUAGAAGUGUGUACUAGCAUCUUCAAUAAUUUGAUGGAUAAGAAACAGUAAACGUGCCAAAGUUCUGAACAUUGAAUUGAAAAAUGGUAAGUAAGUUACCACAAGAGUUCAGAAGAUAUCAACGUAAUCGAAGUCAGUUACAGCAAAUCCUUGAAGAAACUCAAAAAGCAUUGGAAGUUAUUAACCUGGAAAAUUUCUUCCCUGGAGAAAAUGUUGUGGAAGCAUUGUUACCUUCACUAACGUUAGACAGAAUAACAUACAUUUUAUCAAACUCUCCAGCUAUUGUAAUCCUUGGACAAGACAGCAGGGCAAAAGCGUCAUUAGUAAAUAACUUAAUAUCUGCUGAUGUCUUACCAGUAUGUAAUGGAAUUUGGCGAUGGAUCAGGCUUAGUUAUGGUCCAACAAAAUAUAUUAGUCUUACACUAGGCUUAGAAUAUGAAGUCGUUGAAAACGUUCCAGUAAAUGAAAAACCUUGGAGUACUCUUCCAAUUGAAGACCUAACAAAUUCUGGUACUGAGGACACAACUUGUCCUACAGUGCUCGAAGUGAAACUCGAUCAGCCUAUAUUGAAAGAUGGUGUUCAAAUAUUUGUUGCACCGAAUAACGGUGCGAUUAAAAUCCUCGCGAAAGAGUUGUUAUCUAUUCUACCAAUAUUUUUAUAUGCCCUUGGAGAACAACCUUUAACGGAACAGAAUUUAGAGGAAUUAAGAGAUUUAAAAGAAACUUAUCCAUUCAACCCAGUGCUUUUUAUAUCAUCUUUGGGAAAUAUCACGAUCAACAGUAUUGAUGCUGAACUGACUGAAUCUGAACAACAUAGACUUCAAAAUCGACUAAAUUCUAAUGAUUCCACAUCAAGUAAGACUGAUGACAAUGGUAUUGAUUUUGACAGAAUGAGUUCACUUGGUUUGACAUGGAUGGAUCAGUUGACAAGUUUAGGCUUUCUUAGAAUAGAAGAAUCAGUCGAGGUCGAUCAAUUAUCUUGGCUAGGUGCCGGACAGUUUGCCCUUAGCUCUAGCGACCUACUAGAUUCAUGCAAAAAAACGGAGCGAAUUUUAUAUUUUAUUCGUGGAUGCUUACAAACUUAUCUAAUUAAUGCCAGCACGUGUCUAAAUGAAGUACAUACAACCAGUUUGAGAAAGUUCGUUCUAAGUGCGUUUGAUAUGGCACGUAAGAUUCAAAUAACUCCUAAAAGAAUACAAUAUGCUCAACAGAAGGAAAACGAAUUAUAUGCUAAUUUAAUGAAGAUUGUUAACGAAAACCAGGAAGAACUAACUGAACUGAUACAAAAUAUUAUUCAAGAAAUGAAAAACGAUGUGCUAUUAUCCAACAAUGAUGUAUAUCCGUAUCAGAGUACUCCUUUUAACAAUACCGAAAAGGCAGAAUGGUCUGCGACUGUGAGAGCUGCAACUUCUGAAGUUCAGAGAGUAGUACUCGGCCGUUUGGGUGAAAAAGUUGCGAAGCAAUUGGUAAAUUCUGUUAACUGUUUACGCGAGACUUUCGUUGGUACAUUGCAGCGCUGUUUGAUAAGUCUUGAAAAAUCUUGCGAACGUGAUACUUGCUUGCUAGCUAGCGAUGCAUUGAAGCAAAUACUGUCAGCAGCGUACAAUGUUGAAUUACAUAAUUCCUCGCCAUCAUUGGUACACUCAUUUUUGGAGAGAUUGAGGCAACUGUUUAAGUCCUUACCUUUGCCGUGGUCACCAACACCCACGUUAGAUGUGGUUUGGAAAAAAAAAAUUACUAUUGAAAUAUUGAAUUCUUUAUCAGCUGUAAAAUUAGCCAAAACAAUAUCAAUGCAGUUUAGGGAUAAACUGAAAUCUUCGCACGAUUCAUUUCAAGCGGCUCUCCGAUCGUUAGAAAAUUAUUAUUCCGGAAAGCUGGAGAGAACAGAAGAACAAAGAGUAGCUAUAAGGAAAUAUCACGCUCCUAGAUUAGCCAGGUUAGCGUUAGAAUCAACGUCAAUGACAGAUGCUGUUCGUUAUGGGAUUCCGCACUAUAAUAAGGAAAUUGGCCGCGGCCAGUAUGGAGUUGUAUUUGCCUGUGACGGUUGGGGUGGCGCACCAGGUCCCUGUGCAGUUAAAUCAGUUAUUCCUCCAGAUGAGAGACAUUGGAAUGAUUUAGCUAUGGAGUUUUAUUAUACCAGAUCUAUUCCUGAUCAUAAAAGAAUAGUAAAACUUCGAGGUUCAGUUAUUGAUCAUUCUUACGGCGGAGCAUCCGGUCUCGGUUUUGCAGUUCUUUUAAUAUCAGACCGAUUAAAUCGUGAUUUAUAUUGCGGAAUACGAGCUGGUCUGGAGUGGACGGAACGUAUACAAAUAGCAAUAGAUGUAUUAGAAGGAAUACGCUAUCUUCAUUCUCAAGGACUUGUACAUCGAGAUGUUAAAUUGAAGAAUGUUCUUCUGGAUACCGAAAAUAGAGCGAAACUAACUGAUCUUGGGUUUUGCAUCACGGAAGCUAUGAUGUCGGGAAGUAUCGUUGGGACACCAGUUCAUAUGGCACCAGAACUCCUCUCGGGUCAUUAUGAUAGUAGCGUCGACGUUUAUGCAUUCGGAAUUUUAUUUUGGUAUAUUUGUGCGGGUCAUGUAAAAUUACCGUAUGCGUUCGAACAAUUCCACAAUAAAGAACAAUUGUGGACCAGUGUGAAAAAAGGCAUACGUCCAGAGAGGCUACCUUCUUUUGACGAUGAAUGUUGGAGAUUAAUGGAACAAUGUUGGUCUGGAGAACCAUUCAAACGUCCUUUGCUUGGAGCUAUUUUAGCAGUGUUAGAGUCUAUUCAACAAAAAGCAGAAAGAGGCAAGUCCUUACAACUGCUCUCCACACAGAAGCUACAAGAAAGUUCAUCAGAUUCAAAAAAUCCUGCAUUAGCAUUAGCAGAACCUUAUAAUCAAAGAGGUGUUGUAGGCAGUCCUAAUCCUGCUAAACGUAAAGUAAUAAGAGCUGUAAAACACCCUGUUUUUCACAUGACUAAUCUUUUUCAAACGAGUUUGUGUUCUAAUUUAUACAUUCAAAUGCGGGAAUUUUGAAAGCAUUUCAUGUUCUCUGCUUU